AGUGAAAGUAAACGUCAGUCUUGUGGUAUUACGUCAAAAAAUAAAUUUUUUCGUCCUGAAAAGCCUCAAAACGCCUAAAAAAUUGCAGUUUUUGUCGAAUUUCGAGCAUUUGUGAUCACGCAACUAUGGAUCUUUGAGUCGGAUCCGUAAAUUACAUAAUGUUCUUCACAUUCAAGUAGUUUCCUGUGCCAAAAAACAUCAGCGUAAUGAUGGACUCGGAACUGUCCAACACCGACAUCUGCCGGGUGUGCCGUUCGGAAGGCUUGCCCGACCGCCCCCUGUUCCACCCCUGCAUCUGCACGGGCAGCAUAAAGUGGAUCCAUCAGGAAUGCCUCAUGCAAUGGAUGCGUUACUCGCGCAAAGAAUACUGCGAAUUGUGCAGUUAUCGUUUCUCCUUCACUCCCAUCUACUCCCCCGACAUGCCACGCCGCCUCCCUGUGCGAGACCUCGCCGCCGGUCUCCUCUCCUCCAUCGGAACCGCCAUCAAAUACUGGCUCCACUACACUCUAGUCGCCAUCGCUUGGCUCGGAAUCGUCCCUUUGACAGCCUGUCGGAUCUACCGCGCCCUUUUCGCCGGCACUGUCGACGCCAUCUUGACCCUUCCGUUUGAACUCCUCUCAAUGGAAAACCUGGCAUCGGACAUUUUCCAAGGUUGCUUCGUCGUCACGUGCACGCUAUUCGCAUUCGCUGGGUUGGUGUGGCUGCGCGAGCAGAUCUUACACGGGGGAGGACCCGAUUGGUUACAGAGAGAUAACGUGGGCGUGGCCGAAGAUGCCCCACCUCCCGUCUUGAAUAACAACAUACCGGAAGACGUGGAGGAGAACAACGGACAGGAGCCAGAAGUAGCACCUCAAGGGGAGAAUCAGGGGGAACAACAGGAGGAGAAUGAAGUGAAUGGAGGCGAAGACAACAAUUGGAUACCCAUGGAGUGGGAUAGAGCGGCCGAGGAGAUAACAUGGGAGCGUUUGUUGGGUCUUGAUGGUUCUUUAAUGUUCCUGGAACACGUUUUCUGGGUCAUUUCGUUGAACACUUUGUUUAUACUCAUUUUUGCCUACUCCCCGUACCAUAUGGGUCUAAUGACUCUUUCCCUUGUUAAUAUGAGGGAGGCGGCUUCGGCCAGUCAUUUCGAAGGUUUAUUGACCACUUUGGUCGGUUAUUGCACUGUUGGUCUUUUCUUUGUGUUCUUCCAUCGAGUCGCCGGUGUUUUGGGUUUUUACAAAGCUAAGCGCGUCCUAGGUUUGUGUUACGUGGUGGUUAAAGUAUCGAUGCUUUCGGUGGUUGAAAUCGGAAUUCUACCAUUGGUUUGUGGCUGGUGGUUGGAUAUUUGCUCUUUGGCAAUGUUUGACGCUUCGCUCAAAGACAGGGAGAGUAGUUUUAGUGCCGCUCCUGGUACUUCAAUCUUCAUCCAUUGGUUGAUCGGAAUGGUCUAUGUCUAUUAUUUCGCUUCGUUUGUUCUCCUCUUGCGUGAAAUUCUAAGACCAGGAGUGUUGUGGUUCUUGCGCAACUUCAACGACCCUGAUUUCAGUCCAAUUCAAGAAAUGAUCCAUUUACCUAUCUUGGAACAUAUACGGAAAUUGUUGAUCUCGGCGGUUAUCUUCGGUAGUGUUGUUCUUUUGAUGUUGUGGCUCCCGAUUCGAAUUUUGAAAAUCCUUCUUCCGUCUUUUCUCCCAUAUACAGUGUCCCUCAACAGUGAGACACAAGUGAAUGAACUGUCCUUAGAAUUGUUACUUUUACAAGUGAUCCUCCCAGCAUUAUUGGAACAAUCCCACACGAGGAUCUGGUUGAAAGGCCUGGUGCGUAAUUGGUGCCGCGCCGUUGCCUGGAUUUUAAACAUCCAUUCGUAUUUGUUGGGCAAUAGUGACGGCCAAUCGCCGAACGAGGCGGGGCAAGCUGUAGCCAAUCCGCCCGAACCGGGCGCUGGCUUAGGGGCGGCCCACCACGCCCUACUAAUGAUGGAACCGCCUUCUGGUUUCCAACCCUACGAGCGUCCGUCCUUUUUCGUCGCGCGUCUGGUAGGUCUCCUCAUCUUAGUCUGUGUUUCCCUGGUAACGUUCAGCCUCACCGCCUUGACCCUGCCCGUGUGGCUGGGGCGGCGCGUCAUGGCGUUGUGGCUGGUCGGGGCCCCGCCCCCCGGCCCCCAAAUCUCGACAAACUCCGCCCAGACCGAGGUGAAAGUCCACGAAUUGUACACAGCCGCGUGCGGUUUGUACUUGUGUUGGCUGUCGGCGCGUGCUGUGACCUUGGUCAUGAGUUGGCUGCCCCAAGGCAGGGCUGCCAUGAUUUCGCGCUUGAAACAGUGGUGCGUCUUGGGGCUUAAAACCAUGAUCGCUAGCACGAUUCUACUGGGGGUGAUUCCCCUACUGUUCGGGAUGUUGCUAGAGUUGGUGGUUAUCGUCCCGCUGAGGGUGCCGAUCCACCAAACGCCGAUUUUGUUCAUUUGGCAAGACUGGGCGCUGGGCGUGUUGUACACGAAAAUCGCGUGUGCCGUCACGAUGAUGGGCCCUGAUUGGUUCCUUCGGGCGGCCAUCGAAAGGGCCUACAGGGAUGGGAUAAGGGAUAUGCAUCUGAGUUUUAUUUUUAGACAGUUGGCGGCGCCGGUUAUUGUCAGUUUUGGGCUAGCGUUGGCCGUGCCCUAUGUCUUGGCCUACUCGAUCGUGCCGGCGUUUGUGAGUAAUCUACAAAUGAGGAAUCUAGUAGCCAGGCGGAUUUAUCCGUUUUUACUACUGCUCGGUGUCGUGGGUGCGGUGGUAGUUUUACAAAUUAGACAAUUUAAAAAAUUGUACGAACAUAUUAAAAACGACAAGUAUCUAGUAGGCCAAAGGUUGGUUAAUUACGAUCACAGGAAAGCCAAAUCGCAGACGGCCACUUAAAAAUUUUAUUGCGUUUUUCACGGUUAGGUUCAUUCCUGUACAUAUUAUUAUUUAUUGUAAAUAUGGAAAAUUAAAGUUUUUGGUUUCUUUCUCCUAGAUCUACUUUCAUUCGAAGGUGAGGUUGGUGCACUUGAGCUUGUAAUUGAAGUUAAGUCUGUGAUAAUAAAAAGCACUUUGAAUCAAUAAUUGAAUUGAAAUCUGGUUAUUCAUUCGUACAACAAAGUCGGCACUAAUCUCAUCAUGAAUUACUUUACGUAGAUUGAAACGUUAAAGAUUUUUUUAAGUUACUAUACCUUUAUUUUACAUAAUAAAGACUGUUUUUUGCAA